AUGCAGGCGGCCAGCGUUCAGUCAAGAUCACGCUUCGGAUGCACCACAUGUCGUCGCAAGCAUCGGAAGUGUGACGAACAACGACCGAUAUGCCGGAGUUGCCAAUCCCGUGGUCUUGAAUGCGGUUACCAGACGACAUUGAAAUGGACAAGCAUUGGCAGUAUUAACUCCUUCGAUAAGGCACAGCGCCAGAAGAACAAAUCCACCAAACGCGUAACGACCUCUACCGCUCAAGGAUUUCUGGCGUCACCUCCAUCGACACAUGCUACACGCAGCGAGCGAAUACCUUCGCCAGAGAUACCAUUGCAGCCUACAACUAGGGUUACUGAGGCGCCGAUGCAGAGAGUUCGCUCAUAUACCCAAGAAGAAAUUCUCACGGCGCGUCCAGUGGUUGAAGACCCACCAAAUGUACUGGACUUAGACCCAGCAUCGCUCGAUUUGUUUCCGGAGCUGGGAGCCGACUUUAUGGAUGCGCAAUGUCUACGAUGGCCCGAUAUCAUACGAUCCACCAACGAACCGCAUGGUUCUAAAGAAUUACCCUUUCAAGACGAUUUCCCGGGAGGGUUUGAGAUGCAGGAAUCCACGACUGUGGAAGAGCUCGACAACGACAUCCAGGAUGGGAUAUCAGGGGAUGAUGAAUCAUGCCAAGACGUCUCGCAACCCGCCGGCUUUAGCUCUUGGGUCAUUGAUAAUACGUUAAACAGCCUCCUAUUCCAGAUAUUUCAAAGCCCAGGGGAGGAGAUUGCAUUUGCAUAUUAUUUCAAACGAGUCUGCACUUGUAUACCUGCGUAUGAUGGAGCUCAGAACCCGUAUCGAAAGCUUGCUCUUGUCGCACUCUCCUACCCAGUCCUCCUACAUGGCAUACUCUCGGUCGCUACUGGUCACAUGUACAACUACGGUCGGAGCAGCGAGGGUUUACUGUCGUUACGGCAAACACGAGCGCUCAAUUCUCUUCAGGAGGCUCUGAAUGAUCUAUGUGGGAACAAAGAUGCGGGCGAAGCCACCAGAGUUGAGUCUGGAAGUAUCUUCCAGACAAAGGGUGUUUUCUCGAUACUUUCGCACAGAGAGAUUGCUUUAGCCGCCAUCAUGAUGCAAACGUCAUCAGUGCUUAUGACGGGGAUCGGAUGCGCUGAAAUCCACAUGAAGUGUGCUUCACAUUUCAUUCGGGGCCUGAAUUACCUUCAUCAACCUGCCAACUCCAUCUUCCCGCGAUUACUCGUCUAUCGGUUCGCGAUGGUAGACGUUGUACUCGCUCAUCUACGUUUUCGCGCUCCAUUGGCGCCACUGGACUUCUACAUGUACCAAAGCAAUGAGGACCUUGAUCAUGCGGACCCCUCGUUCCGCCAGAUGCAAGGUUGUCCGCAACGAGUUCUCUGCUUCCUAGCCCAGAUAUCCGUGCUAAGUGCAGAUAUAGUGAUGGAAAAUAGCUCGCAAUCUCGGAUUCAAGCUAAGGCAUACAGUUUGGAGACCGAGAUGCGCAUAUGGGGGAGCCGCUACUAUGACGCGAUGCUUCGCGGAGAAGAUAACAACGCGACCAUGUCCGGCGAAUCCACUGCUCUAUCUCCGGCUCCAUCUGAUGAAACUCCUCUUGACAUUGUCUGCGAAUGCUUCUAUUGGACCGCGCAUAUUCUCCUAAUGCGCCGUGUGUUUCUGGAUCCCACGAGGUCUACACGCGUCCAGAUGAUCCGAAGACACCUGUUCCGACUGAUGGAUCGACUGCAACCCGGCUGCGGCCCCGACUCGUCCGUGCCAUUCCCCUUCUACAUGGUCGCCCGGGAGGCCGUAACACCGGAUGAUCGGGAUUGGGUACGGCGAAAACAUGCUGCCAUGAUGGAGGUCUACCGUGACCGGUCGCGGGAAUAUAUAAUGUCGUCGACGGAAAGGAUCUGGGAGAAAUCGGCAACGACGGAUCCACCGGCCCCCGAGGGGAGGCCGCUCUGGGAGUCGCCCACUGAGAGAUUCAUUAGAGAGACGGACAGGCAGGCCACAUAUUUUAUGUUCUGA